AUGCGAAUGUUUGAAGAAAGAAGGAACAACGAUCUGCUUGAACUACUAAAAAGUGUGCAAGUUUUGGUUGGGCAGAAUGGACAUCAGAAUGGUCAUUACUCCAAGCUGUCAGAUAUUCAGCGAACCAAGCCUCCCAGUUUCAGUCAAGUUAUUGAUCCAUUGGACGCUGAUGAUUGGUUAAGGACUAUUGAGAAGAAACUGGAAAUUUCUCGCACUGAAGAAGGAGACAAGGUUCCUUUCGCAACACAUUAUCUUGAAGGAGCUGCCGCGAUAUGGUGGGAUAAUGCUAAGGCCAUGUGGCCCGCGGACGAGGAAAUUACUUGGACUAAAUUCAAGGAUCAUUUCCGCAAGUAUCAUAUUCCCUCCGGAAUUAUGAAAAUUAAGCAGAGCAAAUUCCUAUCUCUCACUCAGGGAAGCAUGUCAGUCAGCGAGGACCUGAAUAAAUUCAACCAUCUGGCCCGCUAUUCUCUCUAUGAUGUGGCCACCGAAGAACGGAAGAUCGACAAAUUUCUUGGAGGACUGAAUCAGCAUCUCAGGUGCACUCUCAAAAGGGAACACAAGCUCAUGCACGACAACAGGCCAGCUAAUAAUGACCACAAGCGCAAAUUCGAGCCUAAGAAGGACAUGCAACCCGUGCAGAAGGCUCGUACUUGGCAACAGACUCAGGUUGAGUACAAACCCAACUGGCGGCAAAAUGUCAACAAGACCACCACUCAAGUCAAGAAUGUCGUGGCCAGCCCGCGAAGAUGGCUCGAGUUGCUUAAGGAUUACGACCUCGGUAUAAAUUAUCACCCGGGCAAAGCUAAUGUGGUUGCUGACGCCCUAAGCCGCAAACCGGCCAACCUGAAUGCUCUAAUGGAAUCUUUGCCUCCUGAGCUUUACAAAGAAAUCGCUCAGCUCAAUUUGGUAAUCAUGGAUGGCAGUCUCACCAGCAUAUUGAAAGUUGCUCCUACCCUCGAAGAAGAAAUUCGCAGCACUCAAGCAGAUGACAAAUCGUUGCAAUUAUAUGCCAAGCGUAUGCAAGAGGGACAGACACAGGAUUUCUAUAGAGAUGAACAAGCUAAGGAGAUGUAUCUUGCCACCAGAGAAAAGGACUGA